AUGAAGAUCACUGCCAACAUCCUCGCCAUCGCCCUGACCCUCGGCCUCGCGACUGCCACACUUUCUCCUGCCACAUCGAACACCAAGGGCAAAUACCCCAAGUCGCCAGCCUGCAGUCCCGCAAAGACCAGCAAGGCCAUUCAAGCCGCUGAGUGCAGUCACAACACAAGAACAUCAAAGACACAGACUUUUGCUGUCUUCAAGAUCGACCACCAAUACGAUGCCAACCAUGGUGCUCCUUAUGGCACUUGUGAGGCCUACACUUGCACUGCACCUACUGAUAGUCAGUUGAGCUCUGACUCGGACUAUUGGACUUUCUUCUGGGAUGACAAAGGCGAGAGCAGUGGCGAGGGUGCUGGAUGUAUCAAGGAUCCGCAGACGGGUGUUUGUGGAUGUGAGAACUCGAAUGGACAGUUUGUGUCUGGAUCCAGCAGCUGUACAUAG